GGCCGAUAUUGUUGUGCAGAUGGGUGAGGGGCAGAUGGAGAUGUUGUAAGAUUUGGUGUUGUUGCAACACUCUCUGCUGGUGUUGCUGAUGGUGGUAUUGUGCCAACAGGGCCUGCAGAAGGAAGCGGAGUUGGUCCUCACACUCACCGUGUUGUUGUGCUUGGUGCUGCAAUUGACAAGGCUCCCCUCCCCAAGUCGGUGGCUGGUGCGCAGUUCUGUUGCUCUUGCUGGUGAGGCCGCAGCUGAUGCGAUAACAUGUGCUAUUGAACCAGUGCCGGCAUCUGUGGAUGUUGCUGUGGCUGGGCUAGUUGUGUCUUCUCAUCAGGGUGUUGUUGCGUCCCCAGUUGCACCUUCUGGUCUGCCGCCUCCUGGCACUGGAGUAGCAUCUGCGGUUGCACCACUUGUUGUUGUCAUUGGUGGUGCUCUUGUUGUUGUUGAUGCGUCAAGCGUUGCUGCUGCUGUUGUUGGGCCUCUGGCUGAUACUGUUGCUCAUGCCGUUCUUCUUGAUGUUGUGGAUGUUGCACGGGCGUGUGUUGUUGUUGUGGAAUCAACAUUUGUGCAUCAUGGGACUGCUGCUGGUGUUGGCGUGCAUACAUUUCUUGGUCAAGUCGGUGCUGCAUUUGCAGAUGUUGCUCUUGGGCUAGUUGUGUCUUCUCAUCAGGGUGUUGUUGCGUCCCCAGUUGCGCUUUCUGGUCUGCCUCCUCCUGGCACUAUAGUGGCAUCUGCGGUUGCAGUUGUAUUCGUCAUUGUGCUUCAUGGUUUUGCGUUUGCCGGCAUGCCUCGUCAACUGGUGGUUGGGGUUGAGUUUGUUUAGUGGUUGACCCAGUGGCCAUGGUGUCGUCCUCGUGUUCGAAUUUCCUCAGGCGUGCCCGCACCGACUCC